AUGGCCGAAGCAAGUCACAAAGCUCGAAGUCCUGGCUUCAACUAUCUUCCACUUGAUGCAAGUAAGAAAGAGAUCAGGCUCCUCACCAUCCGAGCCGCAAGCAAAAGCCUGAAUGGACAACUUCAUUGCUCGAUCAAGCAUGUCGCCCUCUUCUCAAACCCGCAGCCAAAAUACGAGACUAUCUCAUACCGUUGGGUUGAUAAGACAAAGGGACAAAUCGUCGUCGAUGGCCACGGUAUUGAGGUCCCUGCUUCCGCCGAGGAAGUGCUUCGACGUAUGCGUCAACGCCUGCACGAUAGAGUUGUCUGGAUCGACGCAGUAUGCAUCAACCAAUCCGAUGAGGUCGAGAAGGGCUUCCAAGUAGCCCUGAUGGGGGACAUUUACAGCACUACAUGGCAGAAUCUGAUCUGGCUGGGCGAAGAUGACGGCUCUGCUCGUGAUGCUAUCAAGGCUCUGGAUGAUUUGCUGAAUAACGACGAUAGGAAAGCCAGGGCAUCGAAAUCCACGAGCCACAUUUUGGGAGAUGCCACAGCGAAGAAGGAGCCUCCGGACUGGAUCUGGCCUGUAUUCGCGAUUUACAGGCUGAAGUAG